GCCCAUGACUGCUGGAUGUUAACAGUGACAUAAAUAUAUAAUAUAUGGCAAAAUGGAUCGCAUAAAGAAAGGAAGUUGUGGUGAGGGUACGCGAAAGAAUGGGCGGUCGGUCUAUGGAGACUUCGUUUCAGCUGGAGAUGUAGAUCUGAUCGCUUGGGCAGAUUAGCUGGUGGCUGCAGCUGAAAAGGCCCGGGGCUGAAGUUACAAGCGCUGAGCUAUGUGAGUGAUAUAUCUACUAUACCUGUAUUAGCUUCCUACUCCUUUUGUUUCUUCUUUCUUUCUUUCCCUCUUUUUUUUUCUCUCUUCUAUGAGACAGACAAUCGCCUUUCUUGUGCCUUUGCGGUGGCAGACAUAUUCAGACAGUAUACGUGCAAUUCCAGUUUACGCAAUGACAGUAGCAAAUGAAAAGCCGAGCUAUCAUGUGCGCUUUCUUUUUUCCCACGGAGUUAUAGCGUUUUGCUCACUGUAGAUAGGAUGCGAUGGAGAAGCUGAAUUCCACACAGUCGGGCUAUAAAGCCUUGCAGGAACGGAAAGGAAUGAGACGGAUGACAGGUGCCUCACCUUUAGAGCAGAUGCGGCAGUGGGUAAGGCGCGUGGGAUACGAUGUAAGUACCUCAACUGGUUCCUGUUAGCAAAAGACUUAU